AUGUCUCGGCGCGACAAUAGUGACCAACAGGUCCAUCUCCUGCAAAGUGACAAUCGACUGUCUACGGAUUCCGACUCAAAUUCUGAUACCACAUCUAGCGACGACACCACAUGCGAACCAGGACCAUCCUCAACUGCCAGAGCAACCACUACUGGCGCCCGUGGCACCGCCAACCGUCCGAAUAAAGCUUCUGAUCUUAACACGAAACGCCACGAUCGCGAUAACAAUACUAAAACCGACAGCGAGUGGCUAGAGUUGGACAAUAUGGAUCCCAAUGACCCUCGUCGUCCAAAUUUCCACCGCGGGAAGUCCGGGACACCUCUCCUUCACAAGGAAGAGGAUCCAGAGCGCGGUCGUGCUAGUUACUCACCUCCUCAUGGCAAAGGGGGAAGAUCUGGUCGGGAUUCAAGGGGGUCGAGCGACGAUGAUUCCCCUUAUCAUUCAAGGGAGGUGAUGGGACGACCGAGCCUUAGUCGAAGAUCCACGAUGCGAAGCAGAAGCCCUCAAACCGCUGCAGAAGCUGCUGAAGACUCGACCAAGAAGAGAUAUACGUAUGCAGCAUUUUUCCUCGCCAUCAGCUUGGUGUCAUUCUGCGUACAGACGGAGUUAAGCUCAUACAUACAAAAUGAUCUCGGCUGGGGCAAGGCUUAUUGUAUGAUGUACUUCACCCACGGUUCCUGGGUUGUAUUAUGGCCAAUUCAACUCCUGAUUCUGCGCUAUCAGAAGCGCGACGUGCCUUGGCCCGUUUUCUGGAAGCGACACAAGCAACAAUUGCGCACCACCGCUAUCAUGAUCGAGAAGCAGACCCUGGACGUGUUCCACCUAUCUAUUCAACACCGCGCGCGGCCUGUUCGCUAUUUUGUCCGUUUUACCGUCAUAAUCACUUGCGCUUUAACCGUGGCCGGGCUGAGCUGGUACGUUGCUGUUGCUUUGACGACACCUUCGGAUCUGACGGCUAUCUACAACUGUUCCGCCUUCUUCGCAUAUGUUUUUUCUGUUCCGUUGCUUCAUGAGCCUCUACGCCUUGACAAGUCGAUUGCUGUUCUUAUCGCCAUUGCUGGUGUUCUUGUCGUCGCGUAUGGUGAUACAGAGGAGGAUACUGAGAGCGUCGAGGCUGAAAACCGCUUCCUUGGAAAUCUCGUUAUUGGAAUUGGUUCUGUUCUGUAUGGCCUCUAUGAGGUCCUGUAUAAGCGCUACGCUUGUCCACCUGAGGGCUGCUCGCCUGGCCGGGGCAUGAUCUUUGCCAACACGUUUGGCUCUUUGAUCGGCCUUUUCACUCUCACAGUCCUUUGGAUUCCACUUCCCAUCCUGGACUUCUUCAACAUUGAAAAGUUUGAGAUACCCGCUACCUCGACAUGCUGGCUCAUUCUCCUUGCGGUGCUCGCCAACGCCACUUUCAGCGGUUCAUUCCUCGUUCUCAUCUCCUUGACUUCACCUGUCCUGUCAUCGGUGGCUGCGCUGCUCACAAUUUUCCUCGUUGCUAUUGUGGACUGGAUGAUCACCGGCAAGCCCUUGAGUUUCGCAGCCAUUGCUGGUGGCUCGAUGAUCAUUGUCGCCUUCCUGGGCUUGACUUGGAGCACGUAUCGCGAGAUGAAGGAACAUGCAGUUAUGGAACCUGUCGCGGACUUUUCAGACAGCGAUAAAGACGGCGACAUCGACAGUGAUGACGACUAG